CCGCCUUCACGGUGCAGCGGUUCUUCGUCCGGGCUCGGUUCUGUUCUGGAGCGAGAGGAGAGGGUUUUUUUUCUCUGCGUCCCAGCACGGCGGUUCUCCGGGGUCGCUGGUCCCGGAGCAGCAGCGGUCCAUGGUCGUGCAGCCUCCCGGCGGGGGAAGCCUGGCCUCCGGGGCCCGCAGCGGGGCCGAGGCGGCCUCGCACCCGGGAAUCGGCGCUCUCGCCCGGCCAAGGAUCCACGAGCAGGCCGGCUAGCGCCGCGGCUCCCCGGGAGCCUUUUAUACCUGUGUCUCUAGCUCCUCAUACCCGCCUCGGACUGAGCCAUGGCUGCCAACCUGAUCAAGGAGAUCGUGAGCCGGAACAAGAGGCGGUACCAGGACGACGGCUUCGACCUGGACCUGACCUACAUUUACCCCAACAUCAUCGCUAUGGGAUUCCCCGCCGAGCGGCUGGAGGGAGUUUACAGGAACAACAUCGACGACGUCGUCCGGUUUCUGGAUUCGAAGCACAAGAAUCACUAUAAGAUCUACAACCUAUGUGCAGAGCGACAUUACGACACGUCCAAGUUCAACUGCAGAGUGGCCCAGUACCCGUUCGAGGACCACAACCCCCCCCAGCUGGAGCUGAUCAAGCCCUUCUGCGAGGACCUGGACCACUGGCUGAGCGAGGACGAGCAGCACGUGGCCGCCAUCCACUGCAAGGCGGGGAAGGGCCGCACCGGGGUGAUGAUCUGCGCCUACCUGCUGCACCGGGGGAAGUUCCAGGAGGCCCAGGAGGCGCUGGACUUCUACGGGGAGGUCCGGACCACGGACAAGAAGGGCGUGACCAUCCCCAGCCAGCGGCGCUACGUGGUCUACUACAACUUCCUGCUGAAGAACCAGCUGCAGUACAAGCCCGUGGCGCUGCUGUUCCACAAGAUGGUGUUCGAGACCGUCCCCAUGUUCACCGGCGGCACCUGCAACCCCCAGUUCGUGGUGUACCAGCUGAAGGUGAAGAUCCACACCUCCAGCCCCACCCACACCCGGCGGGAGGACAAGCUGAUGAACUUCGAGUUCCCGCAGCCGCUGCCCGUCUGCGGAGACAUCAAGGUGGAGUUCUUCCACAAGCAGAACAAGGUGCUGAAGAAGGACAAGAUGUUCCACUUCUGGGUGAACACCUUCUUCAUCCCGGGUCCGGAGGAGUUCUGCUACAAGCUGGUGAACGGCAGCGAGCUGGCGGACCGGGCCCACCAGAACCCGCCGGCGGGGGGGGGCGACCCCAGCGACCGGGACUUCCUGGUCCUGACCCUGACCAAGAACGACCUGGACAAGGCCAACAAGGACAAGGCCAACCGGAACUUCUCCCCCAACUUCAAGGUGAAGCUGUUCUUCACGCGGACGGUGGAGGAGGGCGCCAACGGCGACGCCGGCAGCACGUCGGCCUCGGUGACGCCGGACGUCAGCGACAACGAGCCGGACCACUACCGCUACUCGGACACCACGGACUCGGACCCGGAGAACGAGGGCUUCGAGGAGGACCAGCAGAACCAGAUCACUAAAGUCUGACACACAUAGACACACACGGAUAUACACACACACACACACACACACACACACACACACACACACACACACACACACACACGCUUGUGAGCUCUGGACUCUACUUUGAUUGGCUGACGGGGUACCAGGACCACGGCCCCCCAGCUGGACAAUCAUGGCGUUGCAGGGUGGCGAGGGGGCGGGGCCUCGUCAGGGGGCGGGGCCUCGUCAGGGGGCGGGGCCACACAGCUGAUGGACUGACAGGAAAAGGAGGAAUGUUUGUUGGAUAAGCCCCUCCCCCCUCUGGACCGGUUCUGACUCUGGUUCUGGUUCUGGUCCAUCAAAGGUUCUCUCUCUCGUGCGCUGUUUUAUCCCGGGUCCCAGACCCAAGUGGACCGGUUCUGGUUCUGGUUCUGGUUCCGGGUCUUGAAGCGGCGGUGGCGCCGAACAACAGGUUCCCCCUCAGGUCCGGUUCUGGACCU